AAUCUGGUGAAAAUGAUCGAGCAUAUCGUAUCGUUCGUCUUCAUCCACGAAUGGCCGAUAGAACAUCUCUAAAUCAAAUGCGGCAACCGUACGAUCCUUGGACUUGGCAUCGAACGCCAUUAAUGGAUAUUGGAUAAAGCCAUCAACAAAAGGAACAAAGACUCUCCUCCCAACUCAAGCUUGUGAGCAGUUGCCGCCAUAGCCGAAACCGGGGAUGGAGGACACGGAGAAGAAGGGUCUAGAAGGCACUGGUUUGGAUCUGCCAGUCAAUCGCCAUGGUAACUUGAAGAGCGCUUCCAGCGAUCAAGACUUUAAGGACGUUCUUCUUCAAAUCAAGUCCUCCAAAACCACUGCAGUUAUCAAUUAUGGUGCAUCCUGGUGUCGUGUGUGCAGCCAGAUUCUUCCAGCUUUCUGUCGGCUGAGUAACAAUUUUCCAAAGCUUUAUUUCAUCUAUGCAGAUAUUGAUGAAUGCCCAGAAACAACUCAACACAUUCGUUACACCCCGACGUUUCAUUUCUAUCGCGACGGUGAAAGAGUGGACGAGAUGUUUGGUGCCGGGGAAGAACGGUUGCACGACAGGUUGUGGUUGCACUCCUAAAGGCAAGAUAGAUUAUUUUACCUCAUUGUUACCAUCAGCAGUUAUUAGCAAGGAAAACACUACUUAGAUUGAUGAUGGCUUUUUUUUCGGUUUUGAUCUGCAGAAAUUGAGCUUGUUUGUCUUACAAUUUCUCGUUUUCUCGAUCAUUUCAAACAAAUGCUAGUCCUGAGCAGUUGCUAAAGAUAGAUUUAUUAUGCAGAUUCAGUUUCAUUUGUGACA